AUGCUUAUAAAAUCGCAGGUAACAAGGGAACUCGGGAUCGAGCGCGUGUGCCGGGGAUCUCCGCUGCGUGGAAGCUUGGAAAUAGCGCGGCUCUCAGCUCCCCCCUACCCCCGGAGCCCCCCCGGCAGCCCCCCCGCGCGAUGGAGCUGGCCCCGCAUUUGCAUCCCAACUUUUUUUAACUCUCACACGUACACUUUACGUAUCGGCUACGUGGAGGCUCCUCGGCCGCUCCUAUAUAUCCUUACGCCGGGCACGGCCCCCGCUCCUCCGGCGGCGGCUCCGGGCUCGGGGCCACCGCCGAGACCCGCGGGCGGCGGGGCCGGGGCGAGCCGGGCAGGUGAGGGCAGGGCAGGUGAGGGCAGGGCAGAGCGGGCAGGCAGGGAGGGCAGGCGGGCAGAGCCGUGCGGACAGCUUGGCAGGAAGGCAGGGCAGCGAAGGGAGGGCAGCGGUCCGGGCUGGCGAGCAGCGAGAGAGGCCAGCGCGGGCAGGAGCCACCGGCCACCGGGCGCGUCCCCGGCCGCCCCCAGGUGGGUGAAGAAGCCGGGAGAAGGAAGGGAGGCCCGGGGCUGCUCCCCCGGCCGAACCAUCGCCCACCCACCCCCGCCCCGCGCUGGCGGCCGGGCCGGGGCGCGGAGCCCCCGCGGAGCCCCCCGCAGCCUCCUGAGCCGCGCGGGGCCGGCCCCGCACAGCCGGACAAACAAUGUGAGACUUGGCGGAACAAAAGCGGCGGGGCUUGGGUUGCUGAACACGUCUGAGGCCAGACGAGCCGCGCGAUUUAUUGGACUCGGAGAGCCCCGGCUCCGGCUCCGGCCCCGCUCUGCCCACAGAGGAGAAGCCGCUGGCCCAGCCCGAGGCCUGGCCCGCCGCAGCUCCGGGGAUGCCCACGGCACCAGGCUGGACGUGGGCUCACUCUACCUGCUGCUCAUUUUCUGGCUGAUGAAUUGCAGCUCUCUGGCCCUGAGAGUUCACUGGGAAUAUCCUGCUCAGAUUGGCUCAUCGUGAUGUGAAUCAGGAGUGGGGGUUAUAUGGAAAACCCCACCCCCCAAAAGCCAUGAGCAGCUGCCAGCAGGACCUUGAGGGACCCUCAGCAGAAGCCCCUCACCACGGCUGAUCCCACCUCAUCUUCCUCACCUCUCCCUGCCCUGCUGGCAGGCCCUGGCCUGGAGCAUGACGUGGAUCCUGAUUUGCACCAGUGCCUGUCCAGGCUGCCCAGGGCUGCUGAGCAGCACCGGGGGACACAGCACAGGCAGAGUCAGGGUGCAGAGGACACCAGGACAUGCCCAUCCUGCCCACUGCGCCGUGGGCCACUCGCUGGUGAAGAACAUAAAGCUGGAAGAAUAGGAAAAAAAUUUAAAAAAAAGAAGAAAAGAAAGAAAAAGUGUCUCCAACCCCAGGAAAUCUGUGUUAAUUGCUUAUGAAUGUCUCUGUCUAAAAAAUUAUCGAAUUGAUGUUGUCGUGCUUUUUUUUGACAGCCUGUCUGUUACAUUUUUUUAAAAUAUUCAUGCACCGAAAUCUAAUUACUAGGCAAAUUUAAUGAUAAUGAAAUGAAGGCACUUUAGCAGAAAGCAUAGGGCCUUGUUAAUGUUUUCUCAGCCUCUGUCUUGUUCAUAUUUUUAAAAUUAUUUUUUUUACAACUGUCUUUCUUGCACAUGAAAAAAAAAAAAAAAAAGAUUGCUGAAAAUAAAGCUCAGAUUGCCGAUAAUG